CUGGUACUGGCAUGCAGUCAGGUAUAACCAGUAGGACAUGAUUCUUCAAUCUCCACCCAUUUCAUACCAGUUCAGUAAGCUGCUGUGAUUUUUUUGCUUUCAUAAAUUUAAGUCUGAUACCUGCGACCAACAUAACACAGAGCUGUCAAGAUGUCAUUUUUCCAAAAACUAUUUAAAGGAAUCAUCGAUGACAAGCCAAAAGACAAUUCGGGCAAAGAUUCUUCUAAAGGAAGCAGCACUCCUUACUAUGGUACCGUCCGACCUGAUCCGAACUUCAAUGCCAGCAGAGAUGCUGCUGCUUUACAGAAAGCCAUAGAAACCAAAGGUGUGGAUGAAAAUGCCAUUACAGAGAUAUUAGCUAGACGGACUAAUGCACAGAGACAGGAAAUCAAAGCAGCUUUUCAACAGGACACUGGAAAAGAUUUAGUAAAGGCCUUGAGUUCAGUGUUGAAGUCCAAUUACGAACAUGUGGCCCUGGCCCUACUCAUGACUCCAGCGCAGUACGAUGCCCAUGAACUCAGACACGCCAUGAAGGGUUUGGGAACCAAAGAAAAGGCGUUGAAUGAAAUUUUGGGGACAAGAUCGAACCAGGAAAUUGCGAAGUUGAAAACUGCCUUUAAAGAUGCUUAUGGAGAGGAACUGGAGCAUGAUAUUCGAGGUGACAUUUCUGGACAUUUCGAGACGGCUCUGCUUGCCUUGUGCAAGGGGACCAGAAAUGAAGAUCGUGACCUUGAUGAUGGACUUGCAAAAAGUGAGGCCAAGUCUCUGUAUGAAGCUGGCGAGAAAAAGCUUGGCACUGUGGAUUCCGUUUUCAUCCACAUUCUUACCUCCAGAGGUGAUGCCCAGUUGUGCAAAAUUUUCAAGCAGUAUGAGAAGCUUAGCUCUGAGGGGUUCGCUAAGGUACUGAUGCAUGAACUAAGUGGAGAUCUUGAAGAUUGCUUAUUAACCUUGGUGAAAGCAGCCUGGAACAAACCUGCCUACUUUGCUGAAAGGUUGCAUCUGGCCAUGAAGGGUUUAGGGGCCGACCAUAACACGCUGAUUCGGAUCGUAGUGAGCCGCUCUGAAGUGGACCUUCAGAAGAUUUUGCAGGAGUACAAAAGAAUGUAUGGGAAAACUCUUCAGCAGGACAUUCUUGCAGAAACCAAGGGGGAUUAUGAGAAAAUUCUACUGGUCCUCUGUGGAGACCAAAAAGUUUGAGCAUGUAUUUUCAGUGUUCACAAUAUUUUUGUGUACAGUGCACCAUACCUAAAAUAAAACUUAAUAUUAUAAUGAA